AACUUUAUAUUAUGUAAAUACAGAAAUAGCUUUUGCUGGUUUUGAUAGUUCAUAGUUCAUAAAAUAUUUACAACAACAUGUCAUCAGGAGAUGCGAAAACAUCUGAUAAAGAUGUUGUGGAACACGAUGAAGAAAAACCGGAGACAGAAGUUGAUGAUGAAUCAGCUACUUUGAAUGCAGAUGAAACGCCACAGUCGAUGCCUUCAGCAAGUCAAAUAACCGCAGAGAUGAUGCAGAAUCCACAGGUUUUAGCUGCUUUACAAAAUCGAAUCGAAGAUAUGGUUGGAAAUUCAUCAGGAUAUAUUGAAAGCCUCCCUAAAGUAGUGAAAAGACGGAUACAUGCCUUGAAAAAUCUUCAAGUCAAGUCAAUGAAUAUUGAAUCAAAAUUUUUUGAGGAAGUCCAUGAAUUAGAAAGAAAAUAUAUGGCGAUUUAUGCACCAUUAUUUGAUAGGAGGAGAGACAUUAUUCAGGGAGAAAUUGAGCCGACUGAUUCAGAGUGUGAGUGGCAUAGUGAGGAUGAAGAAGAAGACGAAAAUACUAAAGAAAAUAAGAAAAAUAAAAAUGAAGAGAAAGCAGUUGAAGACAAAGUAAAUGGAGAUGAGGAGAUCAUAGAUGAUAUUAAAGGAAUCCCAGAAUUCUGGUUGACAAUAUUUAAAAGUACUGAUGUGCUCCAGGAUAUGAUACAAGAUCAUGAUGAGCCUAUUUUGAAAUCACUGAAAGACAUCAGAGUUAGUUUUUCAGAGCUGAAUGAACAUAUGGCUUUCACUCUGGAGUUCUUAUUUGAACCAAAUGACUACUUCACCAACACUUCAUUGAAAAAACUAUACAAAUUACGUGCUCAGCCUGAUGAUAAAGAUCCUUUCACAUUUGAUGGACCUGAAAUAACAAGUUGCACUGGGUGUAAAAUAGAUUGGAAAAAGGGGAAGAAUGUGACGGUUAAAACUAUUAAAAAGAAACAAAAGCAUAAGGGAAGAGGAACUGUUCGUACUGUCAGCAAACAAAUCUCAAACGAUUCAUUUUUCAACUUUUUUAGUCCACCUGAAGUUCCCGAGGACGCAGAUGCUGAAUUGGACUCUGAUACUGAAAACUUGCUCACAAGUGAUUUUGAAAUUGGUCACAUUAUUCGAGAGAGGAUCGUACCUCGUGCAGUUCUGUAUUUUACUGGAGAAGCUCAGAUGGAUUAUGAAUAUGAUGAUGAGGAAGAAGAAGAAGAGGAUGAAGAAGGACAUGGAUCCGGUGAAGAUACAGAUUCAGAAAACGAUUCAGAUUAUGAUCCUUCGAAAGACCCAGGAACAAAGGAACAGCCACAGGAAUGCAAGCAACAGUGAUAUAUUUACUGUACAUUCUCAAUUGCUGCUCAUGCAGUGUAGGUUAUGCUUACUUGCUAUAUUUUAACUGCCCACUGAGGAAAUAGUUACCUAUGUCAUGGAUGGUGUGUUUGCCUCCUGUUCAGGUGUCUGAGAGACUUUUUUCAGUUAGUUGAAAUUGUUACACAAUACUUUGUCUCUGUAAAAUAGGGUCUUUGUAAACCUUUUGUCUGGAAUAAAUUUCUGCCAUCUUA